AUGAGGCGGCGUAUAGAGCCCGUGGAUGCUGGCUCCGAGAAGGGUUCCGACGAGCUGGCAGGGGCCCUGCCCAUCGACCUCCCGCAGCUGUCGCCGGCAGGGUCAACGGCCCUAUAUGGCGCCGAUCGGCGUGCAAGCCUGUGGCGCCACGCCGAGGGCUGGGUGGCAUCCUGGAUCGUCGGCAUCUUCCUGUCCUCGCUGGUACUAACCGCAACCUCCAUAGCCAGCCACCAGAGCAAGCAGGCGGCACGGCCGGCCUUGUGGGCGUGGCCACCGCUGCUGCCCGGACUGGCACCACCUCGGCAGCCACCCCCACCGCUGCCGCUGGAGCCGCCGCCAGCAUUGACACCGCCACCAGAGCCAGCAGAGUACGAGUACGUGGUGGACCAGACAACAGGCCAGCUGGUGAAGCGGCGGAGCGAGCGCUACUACCAGAAGCACCUGGAGAAUGACACCAGGCUGCCGCAGGAUGCGCCUCCCUUCUACGACGGCAGCAGGCCCAGGUAUUGCAACGUGACGGUGACGGCCACCUACACCUGCCCCCCAAACGACACUGCCUGCAACGCCGACCCCGGGGCCGCCCGAGCCUUCUGCCAGAACAUCUGCGCUGACCUACGCCGGGACUGCAACACAACAGUCUAUCAAAAUUAUGAGGACCACCCGCUUGUCCGCCGCGUCUGCGAGCAGCUGGUCAACCGCCCCCCCAACUGCACUGACCUUGGGUUUCGAGGCAGGCCCCAGACGCGGGGCGGUCUCAGGACGCUCGAGGCGGUGUGGGUGGUGGGGGUGUGCAUCUGGAGGGCGCCGCCUCCGCCGCCCCCCUGGCCACCUCCUCCCCCGUUGCCGCCGCCGCCGCCACCGCCGCCGCUCCCGCGGCGACCCCCGCUGCCCAGAGGAAUGCCAAAGGCGCCGCCGCCACCUAAAUACGAGUACUACUACGAGGAGGUUGUGUACUACGUUGACGCGCCCCCUUCGGCAGCACAGCAAAGGCAGGAAGGAGCCAAGCGCAAGGCAACUCAGCGCUCCAAACCCUUCCCUGGAUCUCACACUCAUCGCAAUUGGCGAGCUGGGCCCAGCAGCAUUUGUCGAGCGCUGAGCGCUGCAGCAGGAUCGCCGGCGGCAGCGGCGGUGACGGCACCGCCCAGCUGGGCGCCGGACGCCGCCGCAGCCCGAACCCACUUCCAAGAGCUCCGGAUCUUCGACUUUGCCCUGAUCAAGGAGCAGCGGGUGCAGCUGCGCCCAGGGCUGACAGUCAUCACAGGCGAGUCUGGCUCUGGCAAGUCUGUGCUGGUGGAAGCUCUGGGCCAGCUGCUGGGUGCGCCGGCAUUCGAGGAGGCUGUGCGGCCGCCUGCCAGCACCGCGGUGCUGGAAGCCACCGUGGCGGUGGCGUCUGGCGACCAGGCGCUGCUGGGGCGGCUGUUGCGGCAGCUGGGGGUGACGCAGCGGGCUCAGCGCGAGCUGGGGACCCUGGUGCUGCGCCGCGAGCUGACCGCGGGCCCCGAUGGCAGCGUGCGAAGCCGCUGCUCCAUCAACGGCAGCCCCACCUCGGUGCGCGUGCUGCGGCAGGUCGGCUCGCUGCUCGUCGACGUCAACGGCCAGCAUGCGGCGCUGGAGCUGCGGGAUGGCGCCACACGGCUCCGCCUGCUGGACCGGCUGGCAGGCACCUGUGCUGCUGCCGACCAGCUGGGCGCCAGCCUGGCGGAGUGGCAGCAGGCGCAGGAACAGCUGAAGGAGCUGGAUGCGCUGUCGGAUGAGCAGCAGCGGGAGGCCAUGCAGCGGCUGGUGGAUGAGGUGCAGGCGGCGGGCGUCGAGCCGGGGGAGGACCGCCUCCUGCGGCAGCAGCUGCGCCAGCUGGAUGGCCGGCGGGCGGCGGCGGAGCGGUGCCGCCUCGUGUCCCUGGGGCUCAGCGGCGACGGCGGGGGCGGCAUUGCAGAGGCGAUGCGCGAGGUGCAGCUUCAAGUGAAGCAGCUGCUGUCUCAGGAGGAGCGGCUAGCGGCGGCGGUGGCAGCGGAGCGCAAGGAGGAGCAGCGGGGGCAGCCGUCGGGGGCAGAGGAGGCAGGCGCAGGGGACAGUGACGGUGAGCUGCAGGCAGAGGAGGCGGAGGAGGGCGUCGGGUCGGCGGCGGGCAUGCUGCAGGCCUCCAUGGCUCUGCUGGACCAGGCACAGGUGCUGCUGGAGGAGGCGGAGGGCCGGGUUGUGUCGUACGCCAGGCUCCACCGCUUCUCCCAAGCUGAAUACGACGAGCUGUCGGCCCGCCUGCAGCAGGAAUCUGCCCUGGACAUGUACUUUGCCCUGGAGGGGCAGCGGAACCAGCUGGAGGCAGAUGCCGAGCAGCUGCUGGGGCAGGUGCAGCAGCAGGCGGUGGCACUCAGCCGACUGCGGCGGGAGGCGGCCGGGCAGCUGCAGGCAGCGGUGGAGGCGGUGCUUGGCGACCUGGCCAUGCAGGGCAGCCGCUUUGAGGUGCGGGUCAGCUGGACGCCGCUCUCCACCGCGGUGGCCCCCAGCGCUGCCGCGGGCAGCAGCAUCGCCAUCGGCGCCGGCGACGCCGCCAGCUGCUCGCAGCAGGCGGGGCGGUACCGCGUGCGCCCCGGCGGCGCCGGCCUGGAUGCUGCCGAGUUCCUGUUUGCGGCGGGACCCAGCGAGCCGCUGCGCCCGCUGUCGGCGGUAGCCUCUGGCGGCGAGAACGCCCGCAUCAUGCUGGCCCUCAAAGCCGCGCCCGCGUUUGUCGCAGCAGGCAGCAGCAGCAGCGGUGGCGGCGGCGGCGGCGGCGACAGCGUGGCAGGCGCCAGCACCGAGGGCGGCAGCCGGGGCGGUGCAGCGGGCGUCAGCGAGGCCCCGGCGGCCGCCAGCCAGAUCCUGGUGCUGGACGAGAUCGACUCUGGCAUCGGCAGCCGGCUGGGCCAGCCCAUCGGACGCAUCCUGCGCCGCAUGGCGGGCGCCGCAGGCCUCAACACGGGCCAGAUCCUGUGCGUGUCGCACCUGCCGCAGGUGGCUGCCCACGCCGAGCACCACCUUGUGGUGCGCAAGGGGGUGGGGCCAGACGACCGCGUGACCACCCGCUUUGACACCCUGCGGCAGCGGCAGGAGCGGCUGGCCGAGAUCAGCGCGAUGCUGGGGCAGCUGCCCGAGGCGGCGGCCGAGGAGCUGCUGCAGGCGGCGGCGCAGCCCUGA